AUGAGGAGCAGCAGUGCCCGGGCAUGGCAGGAACUGCUGGCCCUGCUCUGCAGCGUCUGGCUCUGGGUGGGCGCUGCCCAGCGCACCGGGCCUACACCCACGGCGCAGAGCCAGGGCCCCAAGCUGAAGUUCCGCCUGGCCGGGUACCCCCGCAAGCACAACGAGGGGCGCAUCGAGGUCUUCUACAAUGAGGAGUGGGGCACCAUCUGCGACGACGACUUCACGCUGGCCAACGCCCACGUGUUGUGCCGCCACCUCGGCUUCGUGGCCGCCACCGGCUGGGCCCACAGUGCCAAAUAUGGCAAAGGCGUUGGGCGGGUCUGGCUGGACAAUGUGAACUGCGGGGGCAGCGAGAAGAGCAUCGCGGACUGCAAGUCACGGGGCUGGGGGAACAGUGACUGCAGCCAUGAGGAGGACGCGGGCGUGAUCUGCAAGGACGAGCGCAUCCUGGGCUACGUGGACUCCAACGUCAUCGAGGCCGAGCAGAACCAGGUGGAGGAGCUCAGGCUGCGGCCUGUGGUCUCGGGCGCCAGGAAGCGGCUGCCGGUGACGGAGGGUGUGGUGGAGGUGCGCUACAAGGAGGGCUGGGCGCAAAUCUGCGACGAGGGCUGGAAUCACAAGAACAGCCGCGUGGUUUGCGGGAUGAUGGGCUUCCCGUCCGAGAAGAAGAUCAACAGGAACUUCUACAAGCGGUUAAAGCGAGCAGCCAAGAUAAAGAGCCGGAGCCCAGGGCCGGGUGCAAGGCUGGUCUCCAAAGCUCGCCCCAAACACAAGCCCAGGGAGGACUUUGGGGUCCCCAAGAGGUUGUACCUGGAACGGCAGCAGCUCAGCUACCGGCUGCACUCGGUGGCCUGCACGGGGAACGAGGUGCACAUCUCCAUGUGCCCCUUCGAAUUCUACAAGGGCAAUGCCACUGCGACCUGCAAAGGCGGGAUGCCCGCUGUGGUGAGCUGCAUGCCAGGGCCCCUCUUCACCACUGGCAGUGCCCCAAAGAAGAAGCAGCAGCGGCAGCAGCGGCAGCAGGGCCAGCAGCGCGUCCGGCUGAAGGGUGGUGCCAAGGCGGGGGAAGGCCGGGUCGAGGUGCUGAAGAACAGCGAGUGGGGCACUGUCUGCGAUGACCGCUGGAACCUGCUGACAGCCAGCGUGGUGUGCCGUGAGCUGGGGUUCGGCAGUGCCAAGGAGGCUCUGACGGGAGCACGCAUGGGCCAAGGGAUGGGUCCCAUCCACAUGAACGAGGUGCAGUGCACAGGCUCGGAGAAGUCGCUGUGGAGCUGCCCCUAUAAGAACAUCACGGCGGAGGACUGCAAGCACUCCGAGGACGCCGGGCUCCGCUGCAACAUCCCCUACAUGGGCUACGAGACCACGAUUCGCCUGAGCGGGGGCCGGAGCCGCUUCGAGGGGCGGGUUGAGGUGGCGCUGGGCACUGGGAGCAGUGGGCGCCCCGCCUGGGGCCUGAUCUGUGGCGAUGGCUGGGGAACCCUGGAGGCCAUGGUGGCUUGUCGCCAGCUGGGCCUGGGAUUCGCUAACCAUGGCUUACAAGAGACGUGGUACUGGGAUGCCAGCAACGUGACGGAGAUGGUGCUGAGCGGCGUGAGGUGCGCUGGCCACGAGAUGGCGCUGAGCCACUGCCAGCACCACGGCAACAGCCUCAACUGCAAGAAGACGGGCACCCGCUUCGCUGCCGGGGUCAUCUGCUCCGAGACUGCCUCGGACCUGCUGCUGCACGCCCCGCUGGUCCAGGAGACGGCCUACAUUGAGGACCGGCCCCUGCACAUGCUGUACUGUGCAGCAGAGGAGAACUGCCUCUCCAGCACCGCCCGCAACGCCAACUGGCCCUACGGGCACCGCCGCCUGCUGCGCUUCUCCUCCCAGAUCCACAACAAUGGCCGCGCCGACUUCCGCCCGAAGGCCGGGCGCCACUCCUGGGUCUGGCACGAAUGCCAUAGGCACUAUCACAGCAUGGACAUCUUCACCCACUACGACCUCCUGACCCCCAACGGCACCAAGGUGGCUGAGGGCCACAAGGCCAGCUUCUGCCUGGAGGACACGGAGUGCCAGGAAGACGUGGCCAAGCGGUACGAGUGCGCUAACUUCGGAGAGCAGGGCAUCACCGUGGGCUGCUGGGACCUGUACAGGCACGACAUCGACUGCCAGUGGAUCGACAUCACCGACGUCCGGCCCGGCAACUACAUCCUGCAGGUGGUGAUUAACCCCAACUACGAGGUGGCCGAGAGCGACUUCACCAACAACGCCAUGAAGUGCAACUGCAAAUACGACGGGCAUCGAAUCUGGGUGCACAACUGCCACAUCGGUGACGCCUUCAGCGAAGAGGCCAACAAGCGGUUUGAACAGUACCCAGGACAGCUCAACAACCAGAUUGUAUAG